GCGCGCGCGCAAGACAGUGUCGUAUGUGAUUAUGCAGUGAACUUACAGCCUCCGGAGGAAACAUGAGGCUCACACUGCUAGCGGUGGCGCUGCUGGCAGCAUGCGCGUGCGCCGAGCGGCCCGCGCGUGCCAUCGCCACCAACCCGGGACAAAACUACGCGGUGCUCGGCGACCCAAUAUCCGCCGUGUUGAACGAAGAUGGGUACUACUACCCGAAACCAAAGAUACCCUUCCCGCCGCCGACCUACUUGCCGCCGACUACACGGCCGCCACCGCCCCCAACUACUAGGCCGACGACGACAACAACCACAACCACAACAACAACACCGGCGCCAACAACAACAACCACAACGACGACAACACCGGCGCCAACGACGACAACACAAUCGACAACGACCACAGAAGCUUACUCUACCUACUCAACUAUACUGCCGGUCACUCGGACUACUACUGACCUAACAACAGGUUACGAAUACACGACACCGAGGAUCCCGUUCACUUACCCGACGAGACCACCGACCACCACAACCACACCUCGACCGACCCCUCCUCCUACGCCGCGUACCAGACCUCCGUCGACCUAUUUGCCACCGUUGACAACACGGCGACCGCCCCCACCACUCCCACCUACAAGGCCACCGCCGCCACCUCCACCGCCCCCGACUAGGCCGCCACCGCCUCCUACCCUAAGAACAACGCCACCACCUCCCCCGCUGCCUCCAACCACUAGGCCACCCCCACCACCCCCUACUCGUCCCCCGCCGCCACCACCGCCACCUCCGACGAGGCCACCACCAUCAACAUAUUUACCACCACCGCCACCAACCACAAGAAGACCUCCACCUCCACCACCGCCCCCUACGCGACCCCCACCACCACCACCCCCACCACCUACGCGACCUCCACCUCCUCCACCACCGCCCCCUACUCGGCCUCCACCACCACCGACCACGCGAAGACCCUUCACGUUCCCUACACAGCGCACCACAUACGAUUACCCAACUCCCAAAGUAGUCUUCACAUUACCAACAAGGCCAACAUAUCUUCCUCCAACACCAAGACCGACACCGCCACCAACUAUUAGAACUAGGCCUCCUCCUCCUCCGACAACUCGGCCACCUCCUCCUCCUCCGCCUCCAACGACUAGGCCACCACCCCCACCUCCACCUCCAACCACUAGACCACCACCACCACCACCACCUCCAACAACGAGACUUCCGCCCACUACAAGGAAUCCACCAACGUACUCAACUUUACUACCAGUUACUCUAACUACGGGUUAUGAAUAUAAUACACCUAGGAUCCCCUUCACUUAUCCUACGCUUAGGCCAACUCCACCACCAACCACAAGACCGCCACCUCCCCCACCACCUCCGCCUACUAGACCACCCCCACCGCCUCCUCCACCGCCAACUAGACCUCCCCCACCGCCCCCUCCACCACCAACUAGACCGCCACCACCACCAACUUUUAGAACAACUCGACCACCGCCACCUCCUACGACAAGACCGCCACCACCUCCCCCACCGCCAACGACCAGACCGCCGCCCCCGCCCCCACCACCACCGACCAGGCCACCACCAACAAGACCACCACCAACUUACUCCACAACAUUAUACGCAACAAGAACAACUGGGUAUGAAUAUACGACUCCUAGAAUUCCCUUCACCUAUCCUACGCCUAGACCAACUUCACCACCUACGAGACUACCACCGCCUCCUCCUCCACCAACGAGGCCACCUCCACCACCCCCUCCACCACCAACCAGACCACCCCCACCACCCCCUCCACCACCAACUAGACCUCCACCACCACCAACUCUAAGAACUACGCCACCACCGCCACCUACUACUAGGCCACCUCCUCCUCCACCACCACCGCCAACUAGACCGCCACCGCCUCCAACUACAAGGCGACCGCCACCAUCUACUUCAACCACACAGCUCCCAACCUUUAUGACAACUGGCUACGACUACCCUACACCAAGGCAACCAUUUACAUUGCCAACUAGACCACCAUCCCCGCCUUAUACAAACCCUUCCACUUAUUUUCCACCGAGUACAACCGAGAGAGAAACUCGACCCCCUCCACCUCCACCCACCAGGCCAUCGCCACCACCACCACCACCGCCACCGAUUAGGCCGGCUCCACCUCCUUUACCACCGAGCAGACCAUUCCAACCUAGGCCAUUCCCACCCCUACCGCCUCCGAGUAGGCCAUUCCAACCCUUCCCACCUCCGAGUAGGCCAUUCCAACCCCAACAACCUCCAAGUAGGCCUUUCCAACCUCCGUCGCAGCCGUUCUUCCCGCCACCCACAGGAAGAUUCCCCUACCCACCACCGCAACAACCGAGCCGGCCGUUCCCUCCUAGACCUAGCUUACCUACCCUACCCCCAACUAGCCCAUCUCCUCCCCCAACUCCGCCCCCGACGCGGCCUCCGCCUCCACCAACGCCCCCACCUACGAGACCUCCUCCCCCAACACAACCACCAACACAACCCCCCACAACUGGCUACGAUUAUCCCAAGCCAACAACAACGACUCCAAGACCUACACCUCCUCCCACAACCAGGCCUCCUCCUCCCCAGACCACCAGAGUAGUCUACGUUCCUCCUUCAACAACCCCCGCCCCGACGACGAGACCCCCCUUCAUCCCCGACCAGGGUUACUUCUACGACAGACCGAGGGUAGCCUUCGUGUACUAGAUGCCAUAACUUAAAAACGUGAUACCAAAAUAAGUGCUUAGUUACCAUAAGUAGAUUAUUUUUUGUGAUGUCCCCGGUUUUUUGAGUUUGGACUUGAAAGCGUUGACUAGAUUGGCUUCAUCAGGUCUCUACUAAUUUUAGAAUUAUAUAUUCAGUUCGCGACAGUUUGUGAUCUGUACCAAAACGUCAAUGGAGUCCUAUUUUGAGCUACGGAUACUGCCACAGAGGUUUAAUUAAACAUUAUAUUAAUUGUUAUUAUUCACGCUAAGUCAUUUCAUAGUUAACACGGUAGAUGUGAUAACGAAUAAUACUCAGAAACAACUUGAAUGAAAUUGACACUGCCUAAUUUAG